AUAUACCUGACAGCCAUGUUCUCACCUCAGCAGGCAUUUCUGGCGACUUUCCAACAGAGCAGGUCCAACAUCCCUCCUGGUUUCCUGCCUUCAGAAAGUGGCCGUUUACCGGCGAGGUCUCCUGGUUUAGCAGAGGUCCAUGCUGCGCUGCAUCAUGGUGGCUUGUACAACCGGCCCUUCCUGGAGUCUUUUGAGGAGACGCCCAUGCUGGUGGCCGUCCUCACCUACAUGGGCUACGGCAUCCUCACAGUCUUCGGUUACCUGCGGGACUUCCUGCGUCACUGGAAGAUCGAGAGGUGCCAUAUCACCAGGGAGAAGGAGGAGCAGAAGGACUUUGUGCCGCUCUACCAGGACUUUGAGAACUUUUACACCAGGAACCUCUACAUGAGGAUAAGGGACAACUGGAACAGGCCCAUCUGCAGCGUUCCAGGAGCCAAGAUGGACCUGGUGGACCGGGUCUCCCAUGACUACAACUGGACCUUUGAAUACACGGGCCGGACCGUGAAGGCCGUCAUUAACUUGGGCUCCUAUAAUUACCUGGGCUUCGCUGAGAAUACGGGCCGCUGUGCUGACGCUGCAGCCGAGGUCAGCAUGGCGUACGGCGUUGGAGUGGCCAGCACCCGGCAGGAGAUCGGGAACCUGGACAUCCAUGAGGAGAUGGAGAACCUGUUGGCCAGGUUUCUGGGGGUGGAGUCGGCCAUGGCGUUCGGGAUGGGGUUCGCUACCAACUCCAUGAACAUCCCGGCUCUGACUGGCAAGGGCUGCCUGAUUCUGAGUGACGAGCUGAACCACGCCUCUCUGGUCCUCGGAGCCAGACUGUCCGGUUCCACCAUCAGGGUCUUCAAACACAACAACAUGCAGAGCCUGGAGAAACUGCUGAGAGAAGCUAUAGUUCAUGGCCAGCCACGGACCCACCGGCCCUGGAAGAAGAUCCUCAUCAUGGUGGAAGGCAUCUACAGCAUGGAGGGCAGCAUAGUGCGGCUGCCGGAGGUGAUCGCCCUGAAGAGGCGCUACCGGGCCUACCUGUACCUGGACGAGGCCCACAGCAUCGGCGCCCUGGGCCCCAGGGGGCGAGGCGUGGUGGAUCACUUCGGCCUCGACCCGCGAGACGUGGACGUCAUGAUGGGAACCUUCACCAAGAGCUUCGGAGCCGCAGGGGGUUACAUCGCAGGGAAGAGGGAGCUCAUCGAUUACCUGCGCUGCCACUCCCACAGCGCCGUGUACGCCACCUCCAUGUCUCCUCCUGUGGUGGAGCAAAUCAUCACUUCUAUGAAGUGCAUUAUGGGAGAAGACGGAACAACGAUUGGUUCUGACCGGAUCCGGCAGCUGGCCCAGAACACCGCCUACUUCCGACGGAGACUUCGGGAAAUGGGCUUCAUCAUCUACGGGAACGACGACUCGCCCGUCGUUCCCAUGAUGCUCUACAUGCCCGCCAAGAUAGGAGCGUUCGGCCGCGAGAUGCUGAGCAGAAACAUCGGCGUGGUGGUGGUGGGCUUCCCGGCCACGCCCAUCAUCGAGUCGCGGGCGCGCUUCUGCGUGUCGGCGGCUCACUCCAGAGAGCUGCUGGACCAGGCGCUGAGUGCCAUCAGCGAGGUCGGUGACCUUCUUCAGCUCAAGUAUUCGCGUCACAGGAUCCAGCCGUCUGGGGCACGACCCUUUGAUGACGGCGUCUACGAGGACGUCGAUGACUAACGCCAGGUCAAAGGUCAAGAUGCAUCACAAGUCUUCCAUCAGGAUGGAGAUGUUGUCUCUGCGGUCCCUGGCUCACCGUAACACCCCACCCAGCCACAUCCUGGCCUCUCACUGCACUCUGCCUUAAAGCUUGAAAGAAGCUCCUCUUCUUCUCAUUCUGUGUUUUUCAGGAUAGGGUUAGGGGUCAGGGUUAGGGGUCAGGGUGAGUCUCUAUAGGGUUAAAUAGGGUUAGGGUGAGUCUCUGGAGGCAGCCGUCGCUUCACGUUACAGAAACCAAUGAUGCUGUCAUUUAACCACUACUGAUGUUCAGCUGAAAGUUCUGGAUGUUUUCCAGCUGAGCUUUUUCAUCUGUCUGUAAAAUAUGAUGUUUGACCAACAAAAUAGUUUCCUGUUGCUUUGUUUUGCUCGAUGAGUGAUGUGUUCAUAUCUCAUCUCAUCUGGUUGGUCUAAGGUUCAGGAUCUGGAUGUUUCUUUUCAUGCUGAGCUUUUGAAGGAUGAAGAUAUUUGUUCCAUGAAAAAACAGCAGCAAACUUCAGAUCAGAACCUGUUCUGGUAAAAAGCAAAUAAAUCUUAUUUCAGUUUCUGGAGUUUGCACAUUAAAUCCCAGCAACUGCUCUGGCCUUUCCCAGAUUAUAAAACAGUUUCAAGAUGACUAGAGCAGAUUAUGUCAGAUUACGAUGUUAGAGGACGAAGGAUCACAAAGGGCCACUUGGGGGCAGUGUUGAGCAGGAUGUUAUAUUUCAGGUAUCGUUAAUGUUCCAGAUUUUGACAUAUUUGUCCAGUUGGACGGAUUCUUUCCUUCCACACCUGAAGCUUCAGAGGCAGAAACGCUGAAGGUGAUGCAGAUGGGCGGAGCCACCGACUGACGAGUUGGUGAUCGACAGCAAGAUGCUCUGGUUCAAACGAGCCCAGACCAUCAUUCCUCCACCACUGUGCUGGACUGUUGGCCUCUGGUGUUUGUGCUGGUUUCCUCCGUCUCGGUUCUGUCCGUCUCGGUUCAGAUCCAGACGUUCUCUGAUGGAUUUUAGUGCCUUGAAGUCAUUUUUUUUACAGAUUUGGAAAAUGCUGAGCAUCUUUAUUUUUGGUCUUUACCCGAAGUUGUGAGCGCUGGAUGUGUUUCUGUUGACUAAUUUCUUGCAUUUCAUCAUCCAAGAUGCUCCAGAGCUGUUAAUAUAUGAGCUGCCACUGUUCCAGUUCAAUCAGCACAUCAUUAAAACAAUACAGAUCUGGA